UGUAAGGCGCAGCGGCGCAAACACUGCCUGCAUUCGAGCCCACACUGCGUGGAGGUCAGCAACCGCUGUCACUUGCUGGCGCACGUCGCUGCUGCAGCGAUGCUCGACCGCCGCUCCCUCAGCUACGCCGCCCUGGGCCUAGGCCCGUCCUGGCUCCUACUCGAUGGAAUCUUCGCGGAGGUGGCACUGUUCGACCGCACGCAACCGGAAGGCUUGGCGCUCGCCACGUACUUGACCGCCGUGUCCGCCGUUGCCAACACGGUCGUCGUGCCGGGUCACGCCGUCGUCCAGCGCCGAGUGCAGUGGUCGCUGCGCACCUGGGUCGGCGGCGCCGUCUACGCGCAGCUCGCCACCGCACUUAUAUUGGCCUUUUUUUGGCAUCAGAGCGUCGGCGGCGCGUCGGUCGCGCUCUAUCUGUGCGUCUUCGCCACGUCGCUCGUGGGCAACUUCCAGCAGCUCGCCCUGAACCCCUGGGCGGCGGAGACCGGGCGCGCCACGCGCAUCGUCGAGCUCAUGGCCGGCGGCAACGCGGGCGCUUUGCUCCCGGCCUUCCUCGCGCUGCUGCAGCGCGUCGACAGCGUGCGGCGGGAGUUCGGCCCGACGCCGUUCUUCCUCUGCCUCGCGGGGCUCCUGGUCCUGCCGGUCGCGGCCUUCCACGCCAUCGGCCGCGUGGCCAAGGCCGCGCCGGGCGAGACCGAGUCGCCCAAGGGCUGCGAGCUCUCGCCGCAACGUGGCGGCGGAUUCGGCGCGCCCGCGGCCCCGGACGACGUCGCGCUGUCCGAGGAGGAAGAAGAAGACGCGACCUGGGCCGAGACGCGGCUCCUCUCGCUCAAGAUGCCGCCCUUGUCACGACGGGUGCCCGACGAGGACCGGGAAGCGCGCACGCAGGAAUGUCGACGCCUUGCGUACUCGGGAGCAUAUUACCAGCUGGCCUCCUGGGUGUUACUGCGGUCGUUCCUGCCCUACGCGGCGUCGCUGACCGCGCCGGAGGCGUCCAAGGACGGCGCGGCGUAUUUGGCAGUCGCUGUCAGCGGCUCGCUGAUCACGUGCUUCGUGGGCGCGCUCUUCGCGAUGCGGCGCGACGCGCCGAUCAACGUGGCGAAGUCCGACGCCGUCGUGACCGCGGGCUGCCUAGCGGUGGCGCUCGCGUCCUUGAUUUGUGGUGUGGUGGGCAGACCGCGGAACCCUAUCGCGGCAUUGGUGGUCGUCUUCGCGACGUGGAUCGUGCGUUUCCUGGACGGCUACUGCUCGCCGCUAUUUUACCGGCGGAUCCAUACGCUUUCGGAAUCGAUCGACGUGCUCCAGUGGGCCGGCGUCGUGGCCAUCUGGGUCGUCAACGCGGGCGUCUGGCUGUCGCUCGCCGUCGUCCUGGGCGUCGAGAACUAG